CAUGAACCCUCGCGACCAUCCACAGAAUCAUGAGACCCGUCAUGGGACCGUGUAUGUCCUCAGAGUAGCAGCGGGGUCUCAGGUCUCCUCUCCGGGCAGAAUGGCGGUGGAAACCAUCGCACCUGACUGGGAGUUUGACCGUUUUGACGACGGUUCGCAGAAAAUACACACAGAGGUCCAGCUGAAGAACUACAGUAAGUUUCUGGAGGAGUACACCUCUCAGCUGAGAGGCAUCGAGGAGGCGCUGGAUGACUCCAUCGGAGACGUGUGGGACUUCACUCUGGACCCCAUCGCCCUGAAGCUUCUCCCGUAUGAGCAGUCGUCUUUACUGGAGUUAAUUAAAACAGACAACAAGGUUCUAAAUAAAGUCAUCACAGUUUAUGCUGCACUCUGUAGUGAAGUGAAGAAGCUCAAGUAUGAGGCAGAAACCAAGUUCUACAAUGGCUUGUUGUAUUAUGGAGAAGGAGUGUCUGACACUGGUGUGGUUGAAGGAGAGUCACAGAUUCAGAUGGGUAGAUUCAUCUCAUUCCUACAAGAACUGUCGUGCUUUGUGUCCAGAUGUUAUGAAGUGGUGGUCAACAUUGUUCAUCAGCUGGCUGCCCUCUACAACAGCAACAAGGGUGCAACGAAGAUCAUUGAGUCGUCGGGCGUCCAUUUCCAGAUUGUGUACGAACACCUCGGAGAGUUGUUGGUGGUACUGCUCACACUUGAUGAGAUUUUGGAGAAUCAUGGCACACUUAAAGAUCACUGGAAGAUGUAUAAAAGGUUAUUGAAAUCAGUGCACCAUAACCCUGGGAAAUUUUCCAUCCCCGAAGAGAAACUGAAACCGUUCGAGAAGCUCCUGCUGAAGCUGGAGGGUCAGCUGCUGGAUGGCAUGAUACUGCAGGCCUGCGUGGAACAGAGAUUCGAUGAUCAUGGGGAAGGAGUAGCUGUUGCCAAAAACAGCGUCUUUGCUGAGGAGUUUGCCUUCAACAUUCGCACCAUAUUCACCAACGUUGAGUCAAAGAUUGGUGAACCUUCAGAAAUCGACCAGAGAGAUAAAUAUGCUGGUGUCUGUGGUCUCUUUGUGCUUCACUUUCACAUCUUCAGGAGUGUCGACAAAAAGCUCUACAAGGCUCUGCUCGAUGUCUGUAAAAAGGUUCCCGCUGUCACUUUGACUGCAAACAUCAUCUGGUUUCCUGACAUGUUCCUCACUGCUAAGGUCCCAGCUGCAGCUAAACUGAUGGAUAAGAAGAGUCUACAGGGCAUCAGAGUGCAGAGAGACACCUACCUGCAGCACAGAGCUCUGACACUAACAAAGGAUGUUCAGUCCUACUACGUGUUUGUAACCUCGUGGAUGAUGAAGAUGGAGUCCAUCUUGUCUAAAGACCAUAAAAGUGACAAGUUGGCAGACGACCUUAACAGCAGGUGUAAUGUGUUUGUGCAGGGAAUCCUGUAUGCGUACAGCAUCAGCACUAUUAUCAAGACCACCAUGAACAUGUACAUGUCAAUGCAGCGGCCCAUGACCAAGACAUCGGUCAAAGCGCUCUGUCGACUGGUUGAAUUGCUCAAGGCUGUGGAGCACACGUUUCACAGGCGUUCUAUGGUUGUAGCCGACUCUGUGUCUCACAUCACUCAGCAGCUGCAGUCACAGGCCCUGAAUGCCAUCGGCACAGCCAAGAAAAGGGUGAUCUCGGACAAGAAGUACAGUGAGCAGCGACUGGAUGUGCUGUCGUCUUUGGUGCUGGCCGAAAAUGCCCUCAGCGGACCCAGCACGAAAGAGCGCCGCCUCGUGGUGUCUCUGGCUCUGUGCGUCGGCACUCAGCUGAAAACGUUCAAAGACGAGGAACUGCUUCCACUGCAGCUUGUGCUGAAGAAGCUGGAUCUGAUUAGUGAGCUGCGUGAGAGGGUCAAGAUACAGUGUGACUGUAGUUUCCUUUACUGGCACCGAGCUGUGUUUCCCAUCUACUUAGAUGACGUAUAUGACAAUGCGGUGGACGCAGCAAGAAUACAUUACAUGUUUAGUGCGCUGAGGGACAGUGUGCCGUCCAUGUUACAUGCCAAACACAUGGAGUCAUGUGACCAGCUACUGGAGAGCUAUGACAAGGAGAUCAUGGAUGUUUUCAACGAGCACCUACUGGACAAGCUAUGUAAGGAGAUAGAGAAGGACCUGCGUCUCUCCGUCCACACUCACCUGAAGCUGGACGACAGGAACCCUUUCAAAGUUGGCAUGAAGGAUCUGGCUCACUUCUUCUCCCUUAAACCCAUUCGAUUCUUCAACCGCUUUAUUCAUAUCAAAGCUUAUGUGACCCACUACCUGGACAAAACGUUCUACAACCUGACCACCGUGGCUCUGCAUGACUGGGCCACCUACAGUGAGAUGAGAAACCUCGCCACGCAGCGUUACGGCCUCACAAUGACAGAGGCUCACCUGCCCAGCCAGACACUGGAACAGGGUUUAGACGUUCUGGAGAUAAUGAGGAACAUUCAUGUUUUUGUCUCACGUUACCUUUAUAACCUCAACAACCAGAUCUUCAUAGAGAAGGCAAGUAACAACAAGCACUUGAACACCAUCAACAUCCGCCACAUUGCCAACUCCAUCCGAACCCACGGCACCGGCAUCAUGAACACCACGGUGAAUUUCACCUACCAGUUCCUGCGUAAGAAGUUUUACAUCUUCAGCCAGUUCAUGUACGACGAACACAUCAAGUCCAGACUCAUCAAGGACAUCCGCUUCUUCAGAGAGACAAAGGACCAGUCUGAUCAGAAGUAUCCGUUUGAGCGAGCAGAGAAGUUCAACCGUGGCAUCAGGAAGCUGGGCAUCAGUCCUGAUGGGCAGAGCUACCUGGACCAGUUCCGACAGCUCAUCAGCCAGAUCGGUAACGCUAUGGGCUAUGUUCGUAUGAUCCGUUCUGGAGGUCUCCACUGUUGCAGCAGUGCUAUCAGGUUUGUUCCUGACCUGGAGGACAUUGUGAACUUUGAGGAGCUGGUGAAGGAGGAGGGACUUUCAGAGGAGACUCUACGAGCUGCCAGUGUCUUAGAUUCGGUGUUGGGUGAUCUGACCAGCAACUCUGCCGAGGGGACGGAGUACUUCAAGAUGCUGGUGGCGGUGUUUGCGCCUGAGUUCCGCAGCGCCAAGAAUAUGCACCUGAGGAACUUCUACAUGAUUGUACCCCCACUGACCGUGAAUUUCGUGGAACACUCGAUCAGCUGCAAAGAAAAACUCAACAAGAAAAACAAAAGUGGAGCAGCUUUCACAGAUGACGGCUUUGCUAUGGGUGUGGCGUACAUCCUGAAGCUGCUGGACCAGUACCUGGAGUUCGACUCUCUGCACUGGUUCCAGGCCGUCAGAGACAAGUACAAGAAAGAGAUGAACGCGAUGGUGAAGGAGCAGAAUGUGCAGUCUGCCAGUCAGGAUGAAAAACUGCUGCAAACUAUGAACCUCACCCAGAAGAGGCUUGACAUCUACCUGCAGGAGUUUGAACUGCUCCACUUCUCCUUGAGCAGCGCCAGAAUCUUCUUCAGAGCGGACAAGACCGCGGCCGAAGAGACUCAGGAGAAGAAGGAUAAAGAAGAAGCUGCCAAAGCAGGAGACGGCUCCAACACCACUGAACCAGCCUCAAAGUGAAGCCGGCGGACGAUGUAGUCGUGUUGGAUUGUGAGAGUCUGAGAGGACUGUAAAAUAACCAGAGCGUGCACCAGUCGAGCAGAAGAGAGAGAAGAUCUCAGAGCUUCACUGGAAUGUGUGUGUGUGGUUCAGGGAUUAGAGACUUGAAACAACAGGUGAUGUUUGUCAGACUCUUUGUGUCCCAUGACAAAGUGAUUAUCUUCAUCAGAGAAUGAAUGUUUUUCUUCAAGUGCUACGGCAGGAAGUGUCUGUUUCUUUGUUUCCAUUUUACAGAAACAACAGAGUACCGCCCCAAAUCUGUCGGCUUCUAAUAGAUUCACUUUGAAUUCGUUAGCAUUUAAACAAGCAAGUGCAGUUUGAAAGGUGAGGCAGUGAGACAAGCGUGAGAUAAGAGGCGAAUCAGUUCCAGUGCUACGCAGCCUUUUUGCGACUUUUACACUUGAAGAACUAGAUUCUUUUUUACUACAGUAGAAGCCUCAGCUGCUCUGUGCCCAGCGCUGACCAGAGGAGUUCAAUCAUCGGCUAAUUUGCAUGUGAUUUCAUUUCAGUGCUGUUGUGAUUGUUAGUGGCCUUCGAUGGCAGCUCUGUGCGCUGUAGCACACGGCCGAGGGCUCUUUAGAAUGUUAAACCCUUUAUUGUUAGUGUGCCAUAUUUCUCUACUACUUCUUUUUGUUAAUUUUAUACAUCGUAUGAACUAAGGUGUGUAAGCUCCUUUUCUAAACUAAGGAUAAUCCUAAACCGACACAUGUCAACAUCUGCACAUCAGAUUCUUGAUCUGAGUGUUUAUUUCUCUGCAGCACAUUUAUAUUUUAUAUGUCAACAUGUGGAAGUGAGGCCAGUUUGGUCAAAGAUUACAUUCCAUGAAUUAACCUGCUUGAAAAGUUCCUGAGGACUAAUAAAACUUGCACUUUCAUUAGACUUUACUGUGUCGGUCUUGACUUUGUGCUGCAGAGUGAAGGUCUCGCUGCUCAGAAAACCAGCUGAAUGUCUCCUUGUGAGCAUUUAGCCUGUUGUACUACGUAGAGAA